AUGCACCGACACCUCGCUCACCCCCUGCUCCUCGUCGUCGUCGUCGUCGUCCUCCUCCUCGCCCUCCCGCUCCUCGCCACCGCAACCCCCAGGGACGCCAUCCUCCUCUCGCGCGUCCAAUCCCUCACGCUCCGCGGCCACGGCGCCAGGACCACCAACCGCCGCGUCGCGGCCAUCCCGCAGCUGAGAUGCGUCUCCUCAAAACCCCUCUGCGACCUGUACGCAAUCGACGUCAUGCGCUGCACCAACCAGGGCUCGUCGUACGGCGGCGAGGACAUCGAAUGGAGCUGCUCGGCCACCCUGCCCGAGGAGCUGAAGCUGGGCACCACGGACGUCAUCUGCGAGGGCUACGCGGGCCCCGACGACCCGUACGUCCUCAGGGGUAGCUGCGGCGUCGAGUACAGCCUGGAGCUGACGGGCAAAGGCAAGCAGAGGUACCCGGGCCUGGCCAGCUCGCACGGCGGGUACUUUGGCGGCGGGCGGGGGCGGGGGCCGGGGCCGACGGACCUGUCGGCUUGGCUGUUCGGCCUUGUCUUUGUCGCCGUGCUGGCGUGGAUCCUGUACGCGGCUUGUUACGGGGAGAACGGGGUCCGGAGACGGCCGCGAGCUACGGGGGGACGGAGAUGGGGAGGCGGCGGCGGCGGAGGAGGAGGAGGAGGAGGAGGAGGAUGGGGUCCUGGCAACGAUCCGCCGCCGCCUUACCCUGGCACAAAGCCGUCGUCCUCGUCGCAGCAGCAGGGGCAGGGCUGGUCUCCGGGCUUCUGGAGCGGCCUGUUGGGAGGCGCCGCGGCUGGCUAUCUGGCUGGCAACCGGGGCGGCAACGGCAACGGCAACGGCAACGGCAGCCGUCGUGUCUACGACGGCGGCUGGCAGAGCAGUCCCUGGGACUCGGAGCCGUACAGCCCAAGACCCUCCCCGGCGGCAUCGUCGUCCUUUUCGUCAGCUUCUAGCUCCGCUCGACAUGAGAGCACUGGAUUUGGAUCUACGCGCCGCCGAUAG